CACUCCAUAUUUGCAGGCGCUCCACUUGGGAACCUUCGCUCGCCCGCUCUUCCACAGCCAGUCUCCGACCGCCACGCCCGAUCAUGGCUCCGAUCGCUGUUGGCAACACCAUUCCCGACGGCACGCUGGCCUACUUCGACGAGCAGGACCAGCUCCAGAAGGUCUCCGUGCACUCCCUCGCCGCCGGCAAGAAGGUCGUCCUCUUCGCCGUCCCCGGCGCCUUCACUCCGACUUGCAGUUUGAAGCACGUGCCGGGCUUCGUUGAGAAGGCAGAGCUGCUAAAAUCCAAGGGUGUGGAUGAGAUUCUGUGUCUCAGCGUGAAUGACUCAUUUGUGAUGAAGGCGUGGGCAAAAACUUACCCCGAGAACAAGCAUGUCAAGUUCUUGGCAGAUGGUGCAGCGAAAUACACCCACGCCCUUGGCCUCGAGCUUGACCUAAGUGAUAAAGGGCUUGGUAUUCGCUCCAAGAGAUAUGCUCUCUUGGUCGAGGAUCUCAAGGUGAAGGCAGCCAACAUCGAAUCCGGGGGAGAGUUCACUGUCUCCGGUGCUGAUGAAAUCCUCAAAGCACUCUGAGUGUUUUGCAUCUCUCGGCAUCACGGCUUCAGCAUCUUUGAGCUUUGUGUUUAUUGUGGCACGGUUGUUUGAUUACACCAAACCCGGGAUAUAGCCGGUUUAUAUGUCUUGACUCUUGUGUUACGUGGUUGUAUGGACGCUAUGGAAUAAUGAUCCAGUU